GUCCACAAGGUUAACAUGUGGUCUGCGUGCAUUUAACCUUCUGUCCAGACUCCCACAGAACCACUCGGAAGUCGGGACCCCGUCCCCCACGCUUUCUCCCUGAGCCUCCACCGCCACCGUCCAUGCCGGCCGGAAUUUCCAUCGCCGCCUCGGGCCCCCGCUCCUUCAUCCUUACCCGGAAAUACCCAUUACUCGGCCCGGGACCCGAAUCCACUACCAGUACUCCGACUUGCCUGUUCUCUCUGCCAGCUCGCCGGUUCGGCGCCGUGCUCCGGUCAGGCUCGAGGACGGCGAAAACGAUCUGUUUCAUGGUGAAGGAAGAAGAAUUGGCCGCCCAACUCGAAGCCGGUGACCAGGACGAAACGGGCGGUGUAGAAACGGAUAAGCGGAUCUCCGCCGCCCGCGUGGAGGAGAGGCUGGCCCGGAAGAGGUCCGAGCGGUUCACGUACCUCGUCGCCGCCGUGAUGUCUAGCUUUGGCAUAACUUCCAUGGCUGUUUUGGCUGUCUACUAUCGCUUUUCUUGGCAAAUGGAGGGCGGAGAGAUUCCCUAUUCGGAAAUGUUUGGCACAUUUGCUCUCUCUGUGGGCGCUGCCGUGGGCAUGGAGUUCUGGGCGAGGUGGGCUCACCGAGCUCUCUGGCACGCUUCCUUAUGGCACAUGCACGAGUCUCACCAUAAACCCAGAGAAGGCCCCUUUGAGCUAAACGACGUCUUCGCCAUUAUCAACGCCGUCCCGGCCAUCGCACUCCUCUCCUAUGGCUUCUUCCACAAAAGCCUUGUUCCCGGCCUCUGCUUCGGAGCCGGUCUUGGCAUAACAGUGUUUGGGAUGGCCUACAUGUUCGUCCACGAUGGUCUCGUGCACAAGAGAUUCCCUGUGGGCCCUAUCGCUGAUGUACCUUACUUCAGGAGAGUCGCUGCGGCUCAUCAGUUGCACCACUCGGACAAGUUUAAUGGAGUCCCUUAUGGCCUGUUCUUGGGACCUAAGGAAGUGGAGGAAGUGGGAGGAGAUGAAGAGCUGGAAAAGGAAGUGAACCGAAGGACCAGAUUGUCCAAAGGCUCGUGAUUGGUGGUUUGUUGAAGCGGAUUUGGCUUGCCGACGUAGAGAAACACUAGCCGUAUUGAGUCAAAUCCAAAUGGUUUUGCUUAUGGAGUACAAAAAAGUAAAAAAAAAAAAAGGAAAAA